AUGGAGAAUGAUUUCUACGAAAUGAUCACUGCAACAGUAUCACAUGAUAUGAGAACUCCUAUAAAUGCAAUCAUGGGACUCAUUUAAAGCCUUGACUAAUUUGUUACUUAAAAUAUUGGUAAAAGGCUUCUAGGAAUAGUUAAUAACUCAUCUAAAAUCUUGCUUUUCUUAGUCAAUGACAUCCUAGAUUUCUUUUAGCUAAAAAAUGGAAAAUUCAAAAUAAAAUUAGAAAAGAUUGAAAUUAGAAAGCCUGUUCUAGAGUUAAUAGAUAUGUUUCUACUAGUAGCAAAAGAAAAGAGUAUUGAGCUGAAGUAUGAAUUUGACGAAAAUUUACCAAAGUUACUAAUUGUUGAUUAACAAAGAAUUAAGUAGAUUCUUAUCAAUCUAAUUAGCAAUUCAUUGAAGUUUACAUUGCAAGGCUAAAUUAAAAUUUUUGUAAGAUAUGAUCAAUCUUAAAAGUUAAUCUGGAUAAGAGUUAGUGAUACAGGAGUAGGGGUUAAAGUGGAAGAUGAAAUUAAGUUAUUUAAACUUUUUGGUAAACUUGAAUCAUCCUAAGCAUUGAACACAAAGGGAAUAGGACUCGGGCUAAACAUUUGUUCUAAGGUUGUUGAAGCUUGUGGUGGAAAUAUUCAUCUGGACACUGGAUAUAAAAAUGGAGCUUCUUUUGAAUUUAGUAUUUUAGCAUACGAAAAUGAGGAUUAAUUACCAAAAAUCAUUGGAAGAUGA